AGCCAUGAAGACGUUGAAACGCCUCCUGCCAAAAGUAAAGAGCAAAUCCCAGUUGUGAUGGCUCUGCUAAAACUUGAUCCUGCGGGAUUUCAGGAGAUAAAGAGCUGCCAGGCUCGCACGUACCGCGGUGGGCGCAAGUCGCGGGAUGAAAUCCCGGCAUUAGAGGACCUAUUUCCCGCCCCGUUGUUUGCAGAGGAACCCGCUGAGAUGAGUCGGAGGAGCGCGAGCCCAGAGCGAUGUGGGGAGCGAACGCGCCCCCCUGCGCCCAUCUCUCUGGCCGCCUAGCUGCCCUCCCGGGAUGCGAUGGGCCUCGCGCUCUGUGGCGGGGAUCACGCUUGCGGCCGGCGACGCGGAGGCCGCCUGUGAGCCCGGGCACCGAGGGGCGCGACAUGCCCGCGGCAGCGGCCCCGCCAGCACCGGCACCACCGGCACCCGCGGCUGCCGCCACCGCUCCGUCUCCUGAGGCGCUGGCCCCGUGCAGAGAUCCAGCUGAUUCUGAAGUAACCCAAUGCAGUGAUGCUCAUUUCUGGAUCACCCUUCCCUCCAACACCAGAGACAACUUUGUGUCUGAGAUCAGCAGUUCUGAGAUGCUCCAGUGAAUGCUGUGUAAGAGAAGGGAGAAGAAUUAAGAUAGAAUAUUGUGCUGCUGAAUCUGUUCCAGAGAUGCAGUAGACUGUGCCUGAGCAGCAGCUGGCGAGGAGAGAUCUUCGGAACUAAAGCAGCAUGUUUCUGGGAUGCUGCGCAAUGCACAGAGUACAAGGACUGGGCUUUCCAGCAGACCCUGGGCUUGCUUCUCUCAUUUUAAGCUAACGCACCUCUUUCUACCAGACUGUGACUAAAUCUUAAAUAGACACACCAAAGGAAAACAGACUUCUGUUCCUCACCUGCUUUAGGAAGGCAAGGUUAAAGAGAAGGAUGAUGGCGCCUUUUUUGAAUCGUUUCAGUCAUUUCAAUUUUGUUAGCCACCCAGAAAAAAUGUUAAUGGCUAUUUCUUCCGAACUUGUGCUUUUUUUUUUCCUGUUGCCUUGCUCGUGGGAGACCAACUGCAGUACCAUCUAUCACUGCCAACUCAAGUUUUUGAGGGAUGUAAGCUUGAAACGAAACUACGUGAAGAAUGUGUUAUAAAAAGCUGCUAAACUUUGUCUGGUGUCCAGAAGCUUUCUGUUUAGAACCUCCACUGGAGAUACGCAGUACAUAUUUUUUUCCUCUCUGUUCCUUUUCUCAUACAAUGUGAUCACUUUUACAGGGGAUAAAGCUGGCAAAGAUGAGGAAAAUUGGCUGUGCUCUCCUGGUUCUCCAAGCUCUUCUUGCACCUUUGGAUCUUGUUCAUGGAGCAGAGAAGAAUUAUCCUGUCCUGAACAUUGCAGUCAUUCUGGGAAGGACCAAGGAUAUCACAGAGAGAGAUAUCAGAUCUCUCUGGACCAGGGAGAUGUCAGCAGACCUGACUGUUGAUGUUAAUGUAGUGACCCUUCUGGUGAACCAGACUGACCCUAAAAGCAUCAUAACACACGUUUGCGACUUGAUGUCAGGUACCAAGAUCCAUGGAGUGGUUUUUGGAGACGACUCUGAUCAGGAGGCAGUAGCUCAGAUUUUGGAUUUUAUUUCAUCUCAGACUUCUAUUCCAAUUCUUGGAAUUCAUGGCGGGGCCUCCAUGAUAAUGGCAGAUAAGGAUGUGAUGUCAACAUUCUUCCAAUUUGGGGCUUCUAUCCAGCAGGAAGCCAUCGUCAUGCUUAAGAUCAUGCAGGAUUAUGACUGGCACGUGUUUUCUCUGGUAACCACCACCUUUCCUGGAUAUCGAGACUUCAUCAAUGUCAUUAAGACCACAGUGGAAAAUAGUUUUGUUGGAUGGGACAUGCAGAACAUCAUCAUUCUUGAUACUGCCUUUGGAGAUGCCAAGACACAAAUUCAGCUGAAGAAAAUUCAUUCAUCUGUCAUCCUUCUCUAUUGUUCCAAGGAUGAAGCUGUCUACAUACUAGAUGAGGCUCGCUCACUGGGCCUUACCGGGUAUGAUUUCUUUUGGAUAGUUCCAAGCCUGGUUAGUGGUAACACAGAAAUUACUCCCAAGGAAUUUCCUUCGGGACUCAUUUCAGCAUCUUAUGAUGAAUGGGACUACAGUUUAGAAGCUCGAGUGCGGGAUGGCCUUGGGAUUAUUGCCACUGCUGCAUCAGCCAUGCUGGAAAAGUACUCCUUCAUUCCUGAAGCAAAAACUAGCUGCUAUGGUCAACUGGAGAAAAACGACCGGCCAUCUCACACUUUGCACCAGUUUAUGAUGAAUGUGACUUGGGAAGGUAAAGAUUUGUCCUUCACUGCCGACGGUUAUCAGGCACACCCCAGGCUGGUGGUGAUCGUACUGAACAAAGAUCGUGUGUGGGAGAAGGUGGGGAAAUGGGAGAACAACUCACUGAGCCUGAAGUACUCUGUCUGGCCAAGGUACAGUUCUUUUGCAGACAGUGACCCAGAUGAUAACCACCUGAGUAUUGUCACCCUGGAGGAGGCUCCCUUUGUCAUCGUUGAAGAUGUGGAUCCUUUGAUGGAAAGCUGCCAAAAAAACACUGUGCCAUGUCGUAAAUUUGUCAAAAUUAACAACUCAACUAAUGAGGGAACUAAUGUAAAGAAGUGCUGCAAAGGAUUCUGCAUUGAUAUCUUGAAGAAGUUGUCUAAAACUGUCAAAUUCACAUAUGACCUGUACUUGGUGACUAAUGGGAAGCAUGGCAAAAAAGUCAAUAAUGUGUGGAAUGGAAUGAUUGGUGAAGUGGUUUAUCAUCGUGCAGUUAUGGCUGUGGGGUCUCUCACUAUUAACGAAGAGCGCUCUGAAGUGGUUGACUUUUCAGUGCCAUUUGUUGAGACUGGGAUCAGUGUCAUGGUGUCACGGAGCAAUGGCACAGUUUCACCAUCUGCUUUUCUAGAGCCUUUUAGUGCUUCUGUCUGGGUGAUGAUGUUUGUGAUGCUUCUCAUUGUGUCUGCCAUGGCUGUAUUUAUAUUUGAGUACUUCAGUCCUGUAGGAUAUAACAGGAAUUUAGCACAAGGGAGAGAUCCCCAUGGACCAUCCUUCACCAUUGGAAAGGCAGUAUGGUUACUCUGGGGCUUGGUAUUCAACAACUCCGUGCCUGUGCAAAACCCCAAAGGGACAACCAGUAAAAUUAUGGUGUCAGUUUGGGCCUUCUUUGCUGUCAUUUUCCUGGCUAGUUAUACUGCCAACUUAGCUGCAUUUAUGAUUCAAGAGGAGUUUGUUGACCAAGUGACAGGACUGAGCGAUAAAAAGUUUCAAAGGCCACAUGAUUAUUCACCUCCUUUUCGAUUUGGAACUGUCCCAAAUGGCAGCACAGAAAGGAAUAUCAGAAACAACUACCCUGAUAUGCACCUCUACAUGACAAAAUAUAAUCAAAAAGGAGUUGAAGAUGCCUUGGUCAGCUUGAAAACUGGGAAGUUGGAUGCUUUCAUCUAUGAUGCAGCAGUGCUGAAUUACAAGGCUGGAAGAGAUGAAGGCUGCAAACUUGUCACAAUAGGCAGUGGAUACAUCUUUGCCACUACAGGCUAUGGAAUAGCACUUCAGAAAGGGUCACCGUGGAAGAGACAAAUUGAUCUCGCCCUUCUUCAAUUUGUUGGAGAUGGUGAAAUGGAAGAGUUAGAAACCCUGUGGCUGACUGGUAUUUGCCACAAUGAGAAGAAUGAAGUCAUGAGCAGCCAGCUGGAUAUUGACAACAUGGCAGGAGUCUUUUACAUGCUUGCAGCAGCCAUGGCGCUCAGUUUAAUUACUUUUGUCUGGGAGCACUUAUUUUACUGGAAGCUUAGAUUCUGCUUCACUGGAAUCUGCUCUGAUAGACCAGGAUUAUUGUUCUCAAUCAGCAGGGGUAUUUAUAGCUGCAUUCAUGGAGUACACAUUGAAGAAAAAAAGAAGUCCCCUGACUUUACUUUGACCAAUUCCCAAACCAACAUGUUAAAACUACUACGAACAGCGAAAAAUAUGACCAAUAUAAAUCCUUCAAGAAUUAACUCCCCCAAAAGAACAGCUGAUUUUAUUCAGAGGGGUUCCUUGAUUAUGGACAUGGUCAUGGAUAAGGGAAACUUGAUCUUUUCUGAUAACAGAUCCUUUCAGACAAAGGACAACUUUUUUGGUGAAAACAUGAGUGAAUUGCAGACACUUCCUGGCAAUCGACACAAGGACAAUCUUAACAACUAUGUUUUCCAAGGUCAGCAUCCUCUCACACUGAAUGAAUCCAACCCAAAUACAGUAGAGGUUGCAGUAACAACAGAAGCAAAAGUAAACUCCAGACCCAGGCAACUUUGGAGGAAAUCUGUUGAAUCUUUACGUCAGGAAUCUGUACGUCAGAGUCAAGGUUCCCAGAGGGAAAACGGGUCAGAUGAAAACCGGCAACUUUCAGUGAAAAGCCAAAGAUAUCUUCCUGAAGAGAUUGUCCAUUCAGAUGUAUCAGAGACAUCAAGCCGGGCUACUUGCCAUAUGGAACCUGAUAACAACAAUAAGCACCACAAAACCAAGGACAAUUUUAAAAAAAGAACAGUAGCAUCAAAAUACCCAAAGGACUGUAGUGAAGUGGAACUGACAUAUCUGAAAACCAAGCAGAGCUCUCCACGAGAUAAAAUCUACACAAUUGAUGCUGAUAAGGAGCCAGGAUUCCACUUGGACACACCCCAAUAUAUCGAAAACAUUGUCCUUCCAGAAACUAUAGAGUAUCCUGGUGUUUAUCAAGAUCACAAUGACAACUACAGGAAAGCAGAACAUGCUAACAGGACUCCCAUGCAUAAUGAAGACAGUCUUCCAAAUAAUGAUCAAUAUAAACUUUAUGCAAAGCACUACAGUUUAAAAGAUAAAAAUGCUUCCCUAGUUGACAUGAAUGAUAGAUACAGACAGAAUUCUACCCACUGUAGGAGCUGUCUUUCCAAUUUGCCCACUUAUGCGGGACAUUAUUCAGGCAGAUCUCCCUAUAAAUGUGAUGCAUGCUUGCGGAUGGGGAACCUCUAUGAUAUUGAGGAAGAUCAGAUGCUGCAGGACACAACGAACUUAUCACUUCCUGAAGAAAUAUAUGACCAUAGUUGGUCACAGAAUAAUGCUCUGCAAUAUCAUAAAAAAAACAAGUUGAGGAUUAGCAGGCAACAUUCAUUUGAUAAUAUUGCUGAUAAGUCCAGGGAAAUUGAUCUUGGAAGACCUUCUCGUAGUAUAAGCUUGAAAGAUAAAGAGAAGUUUCUCCAAAGUAGUCCAUAUGCAAGCAUGUUUAGUGUUCCCUCAAGCAAACUGUUGAGCAACAAAGCCUCACUUUUAACCCAUGCUCUAGAGGACAGUAAGAGGAGCAAGUCCCUGUAUCCCAUUCACUCAGAAGAUAAUCCCUUUCUGCACUCGUAUCGUGAUGACCAGCACUUAUCUCUUAGGCGAAAUCCAGCUGAUCUUUAUAAAUAUUCGUUACCAACCAGAGGAAGAAAUGAUAAUUAUUUCAGGUCAUCCAUAAAGUCUACAGCAUCAUACUGUUCCAGGGAUGGUCGGAUCCAUAAUGACAUCUGCUGCUAUACUUGAAGAGGAGAAAAGAAUCUUCCUGCAUAAGUGGCCAUCCUUUCUGUACCUUUCUGGAUGGUGCUGGUGACUUGUUACAUUUUCCUGAUUACAGCUCUAGCAGAUUGUUGGUCAUUCCUAUCACCAAGAUUUCCCGUGACUCCAGCUGGAACUGAAUCAGGCUGUAAAUGAUAUGGGCCGUUCUUGGUAGCAUGUCCCAUAGUGUUACACUGCUCCUGGACGACAACUUUUAUGGAGGCAGGAUAUUGAAUUGCUGAGGAAUGAAGUAGGUACAUGGAGGUAAAAACAGCUAUGUAGACAUUCCUGCCUCUUGCUUUUUUCCUCUUUUAAAGACGUUGUAGAAUUUCUUCAUGUUUUUGUCUUCCCCUUUUCACCACAGUGCAUUUUCCUUUUCCUUUCAAAUGAAGUUUGUUUUCUGCUUGUGUUUUGUAGAGCAGUGUAGCCACCCACUAACUUAAAAGCAUGGAAAUAAGAUACUUUAAUAUAUAAGAUAAAAUUAAGGAAAUUAAGAGUUCUUUGUAUUUCUGGAAAUUUUCAUUUAAUGUUUUGGCAGCUUUCGCUCAGAAUUCUUUAUUUUGCUACUUUAGAAGCUCAGUUAGGAAACAGAGUGCUGUGGACACACUGAAUCCAAAUCACCGCCAGCCCACCAUGUUUUGGCAGCAUCUCAUGAACAUGUCUCUCUCUCUGUGGUCAUUCAGGAACACUUAGUUAAAUUAACAGUCACAAUAAAGCUAAGGCAAAUUAGUAGUUAUUUUUUGUUGGUUUUUUUUUCCUGAUGAAAACGAAUUUUUUUACAUAGUUCCUAAGGUAGCAAAAGCUAGAGGUAUGUAGCGUUUGGGUUUCUCUGCUGGAAGGCUAAGCUCUUUGUGUUGCCAGUGUAAGGAGAGAAAGAGAGAAAGCUCCCUCCUGAUGGCAGUCAGAGCACUGGAGGCUUGGAAGCAGUUGUGUUGAUGUGUCUUGAAAGCAUUUAUAUCUCUCUGCAGAUAUUUUAGGAAGCAUGGGCACUAAUCAGAGAUCUCAGGCGUGCUUACUAGAGUAGUGGACUAUUUAUCCCAGCCUCAAAAUCUGCUCAGUUGAGUCUGUGAGUGCCAGUCUACACCUUGCAGAUCAUAUAUAUUCCUGUGCUUAUUCAAUAUCUGCUAAAGUUGCAGCUGUCUGUUGUGGAUUCUGCAGUACUUCCAACCUAAACAGUAUCGCCAUUUUCUUUAUACCCUGUGACUAACCAGCAUGAAAUAAAAGUGUUAGCAUCUCUUCCCUGUAGAAUAACUUGCUAUUUUUAUAUUCCUUCUGUGUAGCAUAUGCAUCUUAAGAUACAGUGAUGGGGAAGACUUUAGUACCACUCCUUCCCUUGUUGAGUUCACCAACAAAAAACAGAACAGGAAUUAUGAUACAGGUCUUAGAGUCAGGCUGGAUGUAGGAAGAAUUAAAGAGUGAAUGUUUUUGUUGUUUUACUUUGAAUUUAAUGUGUUAUGUAUGAAACCUAGUGAAAACAGAUAUUUUAUUAUGAAGUCCUCUUAGUUAAAAGAGAACAGCAUCCAUUGUGUGACUUGGGUAGUUUGUGUUAAGUGUUAAUCAUCACAUUCUGUGCUUCUGUCAAAAUGGAGUGUUGUGAAUCCACUUGCUAAAUUUUGCCUUUCCCAGCUCUAGCUUUUUUUUAGCUCAAAUAUCUGGCUCUAAUUUUAGCUCAAAUAUCCUUCUGAAGUAGGUGUAUUUCCUGCAUAGGGCAGUCUGGUUUACAACAUAAAAACAGUUUUCUGGUGACAUGCUUAAUUCACUUGUUUUACUGAUGUUAAUUUUUUUAAUCAAAACCUUUUUUCCUAUUGAGAAUGGAACCUUCGAAUUAGUGCUGAAGGAUCUUCUGAAAGAGUGUAAAGGUCUUUCAAAGUAUGACUCUAUGGUAUGAUCCAUUUCCCUGCUCAGUGGAACCUGUACCACCUUGCUUAAACAUAUUAGCAAAAUGCUAGUAGUGAUUCUCAAUAGGAGGGAGCACAAUUUAAUCCCUGUUGUGUACUUAUUUGUGGACGUAAAUGCAAAUGCAGACAGGCAAAGGUUAUGGUAUAGAAAAGACUCCACCUGUUCUAGCUGAAGUCUCCUGCAAAGCUCUGGUUAAGUUACACAAGAGUAGCCUCAAGACCAUCCUGUCUCUUCCAUCGUUCUGAUCGUGCCGACUUCUCUGUCUCAUGUGCACAUAUUGUACAUAGUGUAAAAUUCUUGUUGACACUCAGCUGUCAUUGUGAAAUUAAUCCCAUUUCCACCUGUUCGCCUUCAUUGCAGUGUAGCAGCAAUGUCUGUGGGGUGUAGAGGUGGUUGUUUGCGUUCACUGGUGUCUGCUCCUCUGUUCAGCGGGAGCAGAAAUUCUGCCUUGCUUCUCUCUGCUCUGCUGGAGGAGGGUUACUGCACUGCUUGUAAAUAAGUCCCUCAAUCAAAUCCAGCUUUUCAUUUAAUUUAAUUUUUUGCCCUUCUUCACUAGACCUGCAUAGAGAGUACUUUGUUGAAGAAUUUGCUCUCUUUGGACGUCAUGAUGACAAGCAUGCAUCUCCCUGCAAUGCAGCGAGAAUGCACUGUUGUCUAUGCAGGUUUGGGAGCUUUUUGAUUACAUCCUGCAGGAUGCAUCUACCCUGGUUAAAAGUGUUCUUAAAAUGAAUACCAGUCUAAACAGCUGUAAGAAUCCACUGCUGAUUAUGUGAUGAUCUUGUCAUAUCUAUCAUUUAAGAACCAGAAAUAACAGAAGUAACAUUAAGUUACCUCAAUAUUUAGCAGGAUUUUGUUGUUUUGCACUUAAGUAUUUUAUUCAUUUUCCUCAAUUCUUUACCUGUAUUAAAUUAGUAGAGAAUAUAACUAUGCUGUAGUCAUGCAAUAUCAUUAUUAGCAGAUAACCACACUGAAUUGAGUACUACAUAUUUAAAAGAGAUGAUUUUUGACUCUCCAGCUCUUCAGAAGUAGUGGUGAUCAGCAGUUAUACUGUUAGAUGUUUCAUCCUUUCCCUUUUGUAAUUAGCAUUUGUUUUCACUGAUAUUUCAAAAAUUAUAUUUCUGUGUGCGCGUUCUAAACUGUGAAAGUAAAUACCAGUAAAUAUUAUGAUACUUAUUCAGUGCACUGUAAAGUUCCAAGUGAGAUGAUAAUUUGCCUGUGAAUUAAUGAAGGUUUCCUCACUUCUCACAAAUGGUCCUGAGCUUUAAUGUGGGCAAAUGGUAAUAUUUAUAGUUACAUGAAAUUUUAAUGGAGAAAGUUCUUGUUUUGCACUUCUAGAACUAUUAGAAGAAAUGGUGUGUUUUUCUGAACAACUGAAUUAUGAUCAUACAUUUUUAAUUGAAGUUUUGUACAUUGCCGUACAUAAGAAUAUCCCUUUUGAAGAGCUUUGUGUUAAUCGUCACUACAGGAUUCUUUAGACUCAGAAUCAUUCAUUAAGCCUGUUUUAUAAUGGAAUCUAAUGGCAAAACACAGUUUGGAAAUAUAUUUUGGAUUCUGUUUCUCAGUGUAUUUGGACUCAUAGUUCUGCAAUUGAAGGCCCUCACAAGGUUCCUGUGCCCUUUGCUUUGGGGAAGGAGACUUCUCUUGUUCAUUGAUGGAACAACAUUAGAGGAGUCAAAAAAAGAAUUUGGACUAUGUGUUGGUCAAUAUUUGAAGAGUAAAUUAUGUUCAAAAUGAGAAAAAGGAGGGAAAUUGGAGGUUCACAGUUAUCCACACUAGGGAAUGGUCUGUGAUGGGCAGCAAAAUGUGGUUUCUAGAAGCUAAUUUUUAAUGAAGGUGAUUUGAAUCCUGCUGGAGAUUAUAAAUCACUGAAAUAAAAACGAGAGUUUCUUAUUUCUUUUUGUUUUUUAAGCCAAAGUCUUUAUAUUGUCAUACGAGGUUUCACAGGAAAAUGGGCCAAAGAAUACAAUUAAAUAUGCAAAAGGUUAAUCCUAUGGAAAUGGAUAUCCUGUCAUCUUGAUGUGCCAGAGCAUAUCAAUGGUAACAGGAACAAUGCGUGUAAUUUUCCUGUAUAUUGCUAUGUAGGUUGCACUAUUUUGAAUGAUACAAGCCUGAUAUUUUAAUUACCAAAUACCAGAAGAAAGCUGUUUAUUAAUAGUUUUUAACCUAAAUAUGUAUACAGUAUAAACACAUGUGCGUGCAUACCCUUUCCCACCCAGUCAUAUAUGAGUAAUCUCCCAGAUGUGGGGCACAUUCCAGCAGUGCUUUAUUGUAAAUGAUUCUCUACUCUCCUUUCCAAACCUCCUAAAGCCACCAAUUCCCUAGCAGCAUUUACUAUAGUGUUUGAUGCCUAUUGCUGAAGAGGCUGAGGGACUUGCUGGGGAUCAGGAAUGCUAGGAUGCGAAAAUAAAUGAGAGUUUCUCUCUGAAAGAGCUGGAAAUGGUACUUGCUGGCAUUUCCAUAUAUGCAGGCAUGUCUUCUUGUGCUAUUUUGAGGAUUAAUGACCAGAGACAGUCUAUUGGCCCAGUGGUCCAGAUGUUAAAUUGUGUCAAUUUAUGUGAUCCAAACGUGGUCAUUAAAAACAUUAUUUACAAUAGCUGAGGAAGAAUAGUUAAAACCCAAAAUUUCCAGGAAGGAUCAGUGGAGGCCAUUCUAUUCAUCCAUGCAGACUGCAGUUUUCAAAAUGUAUUUUGUACAGAGGCAGUAUUUAGCAGUGAUGCUUGUUAGUAACUUCUUGGUGCAUGGGCUUUUGGCCAUUUUAUUACUAUGUGAAAGUCUUGACAUAGAGAUGGUGAUAUUUGGCUUCUUUUCUAAAUUCAGAAUGCUCUAACCAAAACUUAUGAUAAAAAAUUGCUAUGGAUUCAUUUAUUUGAAGUUACUCCUGAGCUUUUUUUCCAAAGGGAGCAUUGCAUAAUUAGUCAUUUUUUCCCAUACUUACACAGGGAAGCAGAAAAUUUGGUAUGGUCAACACUUCUCUAUGACUCAUUGCAAGUGUGUCUUGGAGAAGGACUUUGUUCCAACUCCUUUCUCUGCAGUAAGAACAAUUUUUGUUAUCUUGUCUUUAUCCAGCCUAGAUCUGGAUUUCUACUAUAAGCAAAACACUAUUUGACUUAGAGAUGUGCGAGUGCUUGAUGGAAGAGCACAUUCUUAGUGUGGGUUGUGCUCGGAGUUAAAAUACCAAAACCAAACCUCAUGUUGCAAAGGUAGGGAAGUUGCAUCAUGUAAAAUUGCGUGCAGCUAGAAAGGAAACUUGUGCAAUUUUUAUGAAGAACUGUUUACAAUUUAUAUCAGCUAUACUAUUUUAAAAUAGUCUUAUUUAUUUCAGAGCGUCCAUUUUGCUCUGAUGAAGAACAGCUUGAUCUCUCUGUCUUCACACCUCACGCCCACGUGCACAGUGUAUUUUGUGUCUUCCCUGAACAAACCAGAAGGUACAAACAGAAUUCAUUACCAUUAGGCAGACUCCUACCUGAUUUUUAUCUAAGUAUGCUACUUUUAUGCAAAAUUUGCAUCCAUACAUUCUAGGUUCUUUAGAAGCAUUUCACCUGUGAGCUAAUACUGUUAACUUUAACUCAUGAGAGUUGAAUUUACACUAAACUGGGCAUUUCAUGCUUUGUUUCAGUCUCUAUAAAGAUGUUUUGCUGACUAAGAUGAAACACAAAUAUUUCUGUGUGCUGCUAAACAAAAAUCACCAGAAGAACUUUAAAAGUUUAGCUUGCAGUUAAAAAAAUAUGUUUACCUAUUUACUUGAAUAUUGUAAAUGUAAUGUGUUGUUCUGAUUAUUCCUUAUAUACAUACAUGUAUAUAUUUGAAAGCUGUAUGUAAGCUUUAUAUAAAUGUAUGUGUAUAAAGGUUUGGGGUUAUUUUUUAGGAAUGAAGGGCAGGAGAAAAAUUCAGCAUUGUGACAAAGGUUCUACAAACAUUUAUUAACAUUUUCCAGUAAUAUGCUAUUUUGAGUUUGACAGGAAGUUAUUUGCAGUUGUACUCUGAAAAGAAAAUUAAAUGUAGCAAAAAUUAAUAUUGAACCUUUGAUCCUUUGGCGUCGGGUUAGUUUCAUGUGUAUCUUGAAAAGAAUUGACAAUAUUAGCUCUGUUUUCUUCUCAGAAAGAAAUUAUUUGGUACACUUGGAAGUGUAUUCUUAUUCUGAUGGGGAAAAGGCUCUACGUGUACCAAUCUUGUUGCACAGAGCUGUAACCUACACUGCAGCUAAAGAAGUUCACAUUCCGUAAACAGCAUCUUACCAGAAAUCUUGGAACCAUUUGGUUCCAUACACAGUAAAUUAAAAAGCCCAUCACUGCUGCUACUUAGUGCCAUUUACCGUAACAUCCUCAAGAGCGUAGUAUUGCAAAGUAAAUUUCAUAAAUUUCCUAUUGCUAGCAAAAGAAUAGCAGAGGUUUGAAGACCUCUGUGCACCCGGGGAAAUUAAUCGGGACAUUAGAGUAGAAAAAAAAUUAUCUUGAAAGUGGAAUAAAGGAUGAAAUAAUUCAUUUUUCACAGGAUCCAGAAUUUCACGAUAAAACUCAUAGCGCAAUGGAUUGUUCAAAAGGAAAGGUUUUUUGGGGAAAAAAAAAAAAAAGAAGAAUUAAAAACUAGUUUUGGCAUUCCAAUUACUGCCUGUUUCAUUAGAUAGGGUUAGCAAAAUGAAAUUAAUUUUAAUACGCAGGUGUCUGUGCAGACAAUUUAAAAUGCCACGCUAUGGACACAUGCAUACACCCAGCUACCCCUGCACCCAUCUGUCCAUGCCUUUAAAGCCCUGGUUGUAGUAGGAUCUCCCCAACAGCACACAGUGCUCCCCAAAGGGGCUGGGAGUCGUGCACCUCUCCUGCGUUACGCGUACCAUCUCACAGCAGUUCUCCCCACCCACCUUUUAACCCAGUGCAUGACUGAGUGCUAAUACUGUAUAAAUAUUUUGAAACAUAUCUAAAACAGAUGUUUGCUUCAAACUUUUUAUGAUAGAGAAAUAUAUAAUGAUUAUGGUUGUCAUACAGAAUUGUAUUGUGUUCUUCAUUUUUGUUAAAUAUGUAGAAAAACAUUAAGGGAAUGGGAGACUCGAAUGUCUGUGUGUACCGAAAUGUAUAUAACUAUUUGGAGAAAACACACGUGCCAAGUAUAACAUGAUGUAAAAAAUGUAAAUAUAUGAAAUAUUCAUUUUUCUAAUAAAGAUAAUUUCUGCCAGUUGAUAUGAAAA